ACACCCAGGGAGCUACGCGUACCGUUGUUGUUAUAAUCAUCGUUUGAGUUGAUGUAGGAAAAAAUUCAACGGUGCCACAAUAUUUUUUAAUCAAAGCGUAAACGAUCAGGAUCUACUUUAUUAUUUCUGGCAAGUACUGGAUCGAUGGCAACAGAAAGUGAAACGGACAUAGAAAUUCCACCGGCUGGGACUCACACAGAGAAGUCGAAAAAAGAAUUCGUCUGGACCCAACAGGCCACAUGGCUACUACUACGCACUCGUUUAUCCAUGGAUGCCGACUUCAAUCGGCCAGUUUGCAAAAUGAAGAAACUUUGGGCGACGGUGGCCGAGAGGGUGACAGCUAGACUACGGGAGUCGGGGGAAGACGUUUCUGUCAAGUCCCACGAAUGUGACAGCAAAUGGAGAAAUAUGCUGUCAACUUACAGGAAGAACGCGGAAAGAGCCAAAAGACUGGGGAAUCAUAUUGUUCAUUGGGAGUUUUUUCAGGCCAUGCAUGACGUUCUGGGUAAAAGCAGCGACGAGCUAGAGGAACAGAGAAGGGGGAAACUGAAUGGAAGUAAAUUAGCCACACUCAUAGCAAGUAAAAAAUAUACUCCAAUUCUUCCUACUCCCCCUUUGCCUCCUGCCCCCCUCUCCUCUCGCCCUCCCCAGGAUGUGCUUCAGUUGUACUUAGAGCUGCAGGAGAGAAAGAUGGACCUCUGGGUGCAACAGAAAGCUCUGGAGGAGAGAAAAAUCGAGGCUAUUAAUAACCUGGCCAGAGCCAUCUCCAGCCUGGCUGAGGACCGCAGCUCCCAGUCAGCAACAGAAAACAGCGGGUAGGCUAGCAUGCAGGGUAUUCCCCUGCCUAAACCUCAGUACCGUACCUUUGAGCGCUGUGGUACACUUAACUCACUGAUAUAAAUAGAGUUAUCACAACAGAUGAACAUAAUCAGUAGUUUUGAAGGUGUGUAAAUACAAGUGUUGUUUGUGGGUAAAAUUACUGCUGCCUUCAAAAAGAAACCUUGUGGUAUGAAAUGUUGUGGGUAGCUUCUUGGGUAUCCAGAGAUUUAAAGUUGGCU